AUGAAGGCACGCUGGCUAGCCAUUGCUAUCUUCAUCUCAUUUACAAAUACCAAGCAGAGCCAAUUUGUGGGGGUGCUUGUUCUUGUAGCGCUUUGCCUCGUUAAUUGCUCGUCAAGCCUCAAGCUUGGAGAAACUUGUGGGUCUGAGAACCAAUGCGACAGAGGUCUUCGUUGUGAAACAUGCGCUGCAAAUGGGAAUACCCGGCCCAGAUGCAGUAGGAUCCAGCCCACGAGCCCGACUUCCAAGGUGAAGGGUUUGGCGUUCAAUCGGUAUUCGUGGUUGACGACUCAUAACUCGUACGCUCAAUCUGGCGUUAAAUCGGAGACGGGAUCUUUUAUUGUAGCCGCCACAAACCAAGAAGACACGGUUUCCCAACAACUCAAUAAUGGUAUUCGAGGCCUUAUGUUAGAUAUGUAUGAUUUCGAAAACGACAUCUGGUUAUGUCACUCCUUCGAAGGCAAAUGUUUCAAUGCCACUUCAUUUCAACCUGCUAUAAACGUGCUUGAAAACAUUCAAUCAUUUCUGGAAGCAAAUCCAUCAGAAAUUGUAACCAUCUUCAUUGAAGACUAUGUGACAUCUCCCCAAGGGCUUACCAAGGUGUUUAAUGCUUCUGGGUUAAGCAAGUAUUGGUUCCCAUUGUCCAGAAUGCCUAAAAAUGGUGAAGAUUGGCCAACCGUGGAUGACAUGGUUCAGAAGAAUCAACGCUUGGUCGUUUUCACCUCCAAAUCAUCUAAAGAAGCUUCCGAAGGCAUUGCUUACCAGUGGACAUACGUGGUAGAAAACCAAUAUGGAGACGCGGGAAUGAAAGGUGGUUCUUGUCCAAAUCGUGCCGAAUCGCCAGCUAUGAAUACGAAAUCGAGGUCCCUUGUUCUGAUGAACUAUUUUCACACUGAUCCUAAUGCAACUUCGGUUUGUGCUGACAAUUCGGCUCCGUUAGUUAGCAUGAUGAAGACUUGCCAUGAUGCUGCUGGCAACCGAUGGCCAAAUUUCAUUGCUGUUGAUUUUUACCAGAGGAGUGAUGGCGGAGGAGCCCCAGAAGCUGUUGAUGAAGCCAAUGGUCAUUUGACUUGUGGAUGUGACAACAUUGCGUAUUGCAAGGCAAAUGCUACAUAUGGAACAUGCGACGUGCCUCCCAUUUCUCCACCGCCACCUGCGGCUGAUGCCACCACUGCCACCACCGUGGAGGGAGGAAACCAGCCAUCGCAAGGGAAAGCUUACGUGGACACUCCGGCCAAGCUGCUGCAAUCGCUUGGAAUGAUUUUGGGAAUGACCACUUUCUUGACUUGGUUCUAG